AUGUCUUACUUUUUCACAGAGACAGAUGUAGGAGUUGCAUGUGAUCCCUCGAGCUCUCAGACAGGGGAAUGCAAUGAUCCUCAGUCAUCUUGUGUACAAGCUGAUGAUGGACAUAAGUGCCUUUGCAAUGUUGGAUAUUACGAUUACAGUGGAACAUGUACAAUAAAGGUGGAGUUGGAAAAUUCAUGUACUGCAAACAGACCUGAUAAUCAGUGUAUAGAUCAGAAUGCCGAAUGUAAAGACAGUAAUGGUCUAACGUGUCUCUGUAAAGAUUCAUUUUACAAGGAUUCAAAUGGAGUAUGUAAUAAAAAGAUAGACCUGAAUGCCACUUGUAGUGCUGGUCAGCCAUCAGAUCAAUGUUUAGACUCGAAGUCGGAAUGUACUUCAUCUUUGAGAUGUUAUUGUCAGAACGGAUAUUUUGAAAACAGUGGAAAUGUUUGUACUAAAAAGGUUGUAUUGAACGCUGUCUGUAACACAGGACAGUCAGACCACCAGUGUGUUGAUGUUAACUCUGAAUGCAAAAUGGAAACUGGAACAUCCAAUACUGAAUGUCUGUGUAAAAAUGAUUUCUAUGCCAACACUGCAAAUGUUUGUAUAACAAAAAGUGCACUUGGGGAGGUCUGUAGCAAUGGACAGCCAGUUAACCAAUGUUCAAUAGCAGAUUCAGAAUGCAUAUCAGAAGCAACAAAUAGUUUAGUGUACAAAUGUUUUUGUAAGGCAUCCUUUUACAGAGAUGUUCAGACAUGCAAAGAUUUGACUGGUCUGCAAGUUGCAAGUUUAGAAGUUCCAAGGGACACAACUGGAGAGGUUUACUUUAGGAUAACAUGGACUAUACCUAAUACUGUUGCCUUUAUCAACAAAUAUCAAAUUAAAAUAACUGUAAAUGGUGGAAUUGCAGAAAAUCUUAUUAAUAUUGUUAAGACAAAGAAUCAGUAUAAUAUGACCAACAGACAGCCAGGUCAUACUUAUGCAGUCGAGAUCAUAUCGGUGGAGACUGCUAGCCGACCUGGAGCACAGACUACUAGUGUUAACUUACAAGCUGGUACAAGACCUGCAGUACCAAGUGCAAUUACAACUAUUGACAUUUUGGGACCAUUAAUAACUGUUUCCUGGACUGUUGGGGGUAUCAUACAGCAUCUCAGUGGUACUAUUAAUGGUACAUCGGUGACACCUAAAGCAUUUAACAUUACACAUAUUCCCCCAUUACAAACUCCACAACAGCAGUUUAAUACAGUGAAGAAUGGUGAGAGAUAUGUUAUAACAGUGAAAGCUUAUAGUAAUGGAUUUACCAGUGCAGAAUUCACCGCAACCAUCAGGACAACAUCCACACAACCAAAUCCUCCAGUUAUUGACACUUGUGAUAACCUGGAUCUAUAUGAAAACCGAAUGGAUUUAAGAUGGAAAGAACCACAAGUACCAAAUGGUGAUAUUUCACAUUAUAUCAUCUACAUGAGUUCUACAGAAGUUAGAAACAUCCAUACAGAUUCAAGUACAGAGGUUCAAAGAAUUGAAAAUUUAUUGCCACAACGACAGUACUGUUUUCAGAUGGAGACUGUCAAUGAUGCUGUUUCACCUCAAAGUAAUAAAAGUCCAAGAUCUUCACAGGUUUGCUGUUCCACAAGGGCUGGGGUUGCCAGAUUGCCAAAUAAUGUGACUUUGGUUGAAGUUAAAAGUAGAAGCAUAAAACUAUCAUGGAUGAAACCAACUGACGUUAACGGUGUUUUACAUGGAUACCGUGUUAGUUUAAGAGUAGAAGGUGUAUGUAAAGUGGAAGUAGUUUAUCAGUGCACAGAUUGUGUUGGAACACAAACAAUUUUCCCCAAAACCUGUGUUGUCCAAAAGAAGUUGAAUAUCAAUUCUGUAGAUGCAAACUCAAAGGUUGUUACUACGAUUGAUGGUCUGUUCCCAUAUAUCAUUUAUGAUGUCUGGAUUGCUGCAGUAAAUGAAAAUGGUGACGGAGAAAAAAAUGCAACAUUGUUUAUGUCAGAUUCUGAAGUGCCUGAAAUACCAAGGAGUGUAAUAACUACUGUGCAAAGUCCAACAGUCAUACACGUAAGAUGGACCAAACCAACAGUAAAACCGGGCAACACAACGUAUAGGAUAAAGGCGUAUGAAGUUUUGGGAGGAACAUAUACAUAUGUGAAAGAUAUCACAGUGAAUGGAUAUGACAUAGAAACUGUUUAUUUCACUGGACUAGAGGAGUACUGGGACUAUACAUUUACUGUAACAGCAAGAACAAUCAAAGGUGCCACUACAUCACUUAUGACUACAGUUGUUAAGACAAACCAAGCUCCUCCAGGAAAAGUGACAAAUUUUGAGAUAAUUACACCAGCGAAUGUAUUUACGACAAUGCAAGUGUCAUGGGCUAUACCUUUAUUAAGAGAAAGAAACAGUAUCAUAAAAGAGUAUAUAAUAAAACAUAACAUCAGUGGGGUAACGAUAGUUGAAACUAUUGCUGCAGAAUCUGAGAUGUUACAAAAAUUUUAUUACAUUACACCGGAUAGAUACUAUAAAGUUGAGCUGUAUGCAGCAAACAUACUUAAACAACAUGGAGAGAAAGUACAGAAAAUAUAUUUCGCGUCAUCAAAAAGUAAAGCACAAUUGUCAGAUACAGGAUAUUCAAUUGGAACAGUAGUGGGAGCUGCAGUUGGUGGUGUUUUUUGUAGUGUUCUUGUCCUUGUAUUAGUAUUUUGGUUAUUCCUGAGACACAGAAAAAAUAAAACUUCUAAACCGUCAAGAUCAAGACAUGAACGUGAAGAGUCAAUAAUUGGAGACCAGUACGAAGAUUUAGGAAUGGACAAUGUAUCAUCUUACCAAGAACUAGGAGCAAAAGACAGUCCAAAUGUAUAUGACCAGAUUGGUCGAGUGCACACCGUAGACAAACAUUAUGAAAAUAUGUUACCUUAA